GUACUGUAUUGAUUACUGCCUAGGUGUAAUAAACGCCUGGUUUGCGACGUGGUCGGCUUAGCUCUUUGUUCCCUUGGUAGAUAUUACACACCCAUCCACUUACCCACUCACUACAUGCACAUGCACAUGCAGAUGCACAUUCUCACGGCCCUGCCACCUUCCUGGCAUCCUCAUUUUCUCGCUCUUCACAUUCUUUUUAAUUCCCUAUAAUUCCACUUCGCCCGUUCAAGGGAGCCUACUUCGGAAUCGUUCUGUACGGUCACAAGCCGUGGCCUGUUUAGCAAACGUCAUCCGCCCUCGAUCGCUGGGGAAGUUUAAGCUUGCGCGAGAGCUGCACCAAAUCCGCAUAGCAGACCACCGACUCGCGCCCAUUGGCACCCUGGCCACAUCGCCGCCUGAGAGGUAGUCCCAUCUGCAAAAAUGUUGCACGGCCUCGCUGGACGCGUCCAUGAGCUCAAGUCGCAGGGCGCUGUAGAAGCCGCGCAAGACCCCAACAGCUCCGUCACCGCCGAAGAUGCCGAGAAGGUCAUGCAUGAUGAGGCUCGCGCAGGCGGAGCUGCAGCCUUCAGUUUCGAUCCCUACGCCAGUCCCGAGGAGAAGGCUGCCCAGAUCAAAUCAACGGCGAUCGUAGAUGCGCCGCACCUCAAGAAGCAACCGGUUGCGCUCGUCACCGACCAGGACGAUGGUCCCGAUGCAGGAUACGAUUUGCCAACUCCUAGCAGAUCCGGGGCCCUCGUCACAUCACCUACGGAAAUCUCACCAUCCGAGGCGAAGAAAGAGCAGGACGCUGAAUAUGCCAAUGUGGGCUGGGCACCGAGGUUUGGCCAUCCAGAGGCAGAGCCGGAGGCCAAUAUGCUGGAUCACCAGACUUUUCUCGAGAGCAAAGUCAGCGAAAAGUUCUUCGGGGACUGGUACCACAAUGCAGGGAUCAUCAUCUUCGCAUGUUUGUCGUCCUGGACGGUGGCAGUCCUCGGCGGUGGACUUGGCUGGGUCUUCUUAAUCAUGGCAGCGUGCUCGACAUUCUACAGGACAUCGAUUCGUCGUGUCAGGCGCAACUUCCGCGACGACAUCACACGGGAGCUCGCCAAAGCGAAGUUGGAGACUGACGUCGAGUCGCUCGAAUGGAUGAACAGCUUCCUCGUCAAAUUCUGGCCGAUCUAUGCGCCGAUUCUUUGCAAAACCAUCGUGGCCUCCGUUGACCAAGUCCUCAGCACCUCCACACCGGCGUUUUUGGACAGCAUGCGCAUGAAGCACUUCACUCUUGGCACCAAGCCUCCUCGCCUCGAACACGUCAAGACUUACCCGAGAGCUGAAGACGACAUUGUGAUCAUGGAUUGGAAGUUCAGCUUCACACCAAAUGACACCGCAGACAUGACCGCCCGGCAGGUCAAGAACAAGGUCAAUCCGAAGGUUGUCCUGGAGGUCAGACUUGGUAAAGCUAUGAUUUCGAAGGGUCUUGAUAUCAUUGUCGAGGACAUGGCUUGUACUGGGCUCAUGCGCGUCAAGAUGAAGCUCAUGCUCCCAUUCCCACACAUCGACCGCAUUGACAUUUCUUUCCUCGGACGUCCUACAUUCGAUUACGUCUGCAAGCCAAUCGGUGGCGACAUGCUCGGCUUCGAUAUCAAUUUUGUGCCUGGUUUAGAAAGAUUCAUCCAAGAAACAAUACACUCCGUUCUUGCGCCGAUGAUGUACGAUCCCAACGUGUUCCCGAUCGAGAUCGCAAAAAUGCUCGCUGGCAACCCUGUGGAUCAAGCUAUCGGUGUGCUGCAGGUGGUAUUCCAUGGCGCACAAGGCUUGAAGAAUCCGGACAAGUUCUCUGGCACGCCCGAUCCAUACGCGCAAGUUUCGAUCAACAAUCGCGUCGCUCUCGGUAGAACGAAGACAGUGCACCAAAAUGCCAAUCCACGAUGGAGCGAGACUAUCAACGUUAUUCUCACCAGUCUCAGAGAACCCCUCACCAUUCAAGUCAUGGAUUACAACGAAAUUCGCAAGGACAAGUCCCUGGGAGUUGCUACUUUCGAUCUUGAACGGCUCACAUCGCAAAAUGAAUUCGAGAAUGAGCAAUUGGAAGUCAUCGCGAGUGGAAGGCCGCGCGGCAUAGUGCAAGCAGACAUCCGUUUCUUCCCGGUUCUCGAGGGUCAAACUUUGGCUGACGGAACUGUGGAGCCUCCGCCGGAGAGCUUGACCGGUAUCGCCAAGUUCACCGUCGAGCAAGCUAAGGAUCUAGACGGUACCAAAUCGAUGAUUGGUCAACUCAGCCCCUACGCCGUGCUCUUGCUUAAUGGAAAGGAGGUAGCCACUUCAAAGAAGCUGGACCGUACCAACAACCCAAUCUGGGAGGACGCAACGAAGGAGCUCCUAAUCACUGAUCGCAAGAAAGCUCGACUGGGCCUCGUCAUCAAGGAUAACCGAGAGAUUGCGCACGAUCCGGUCAUCGGUACUUACCAGAUUAAGCUUGACGACAUGUUGGAUUUGACCUCCAAAGGCACUGAAUGGUACAAUCUUGCAGGAGCCAAGACCGGACGAGUGAAGAUGAUGCUUCAGUGGAAACCCGUCGCUCUCAAGGGUGCCAUGGCCGGGAGCGGUUACGUGACCCCCAUUGGUGUUAUGCGCUUCCACUUCAAGUCCGCCACAGACCUGAAGAACCUCGACAAAAUUGGCAAAUCUGAUCCCUACGCUCGGGUACUUCUCUCUGGAGUUACAAAGGGCAGAACCGUCACCUGGCAGAACAAUCUCAACCCUGUCUGGGACGAGGUCUUUUACGUACCGGUCCACACGGCGCGUGAGCGUCUUGUCGUAGAGGUCAUGGACGAGGAGAACACGCAGGCUGACCGAACAUUGGGCCAAUUGGAAAUCCUGGCCUCCGACUAUGUGCGUCAAGGUGACGGCGGUGAGUACCUGGUACAGGAUAGCAAGAACCAGGUCAUCUCCGCUCAGCUGCGAGUGGGUCACAGUCCGCCAAAGGGCACAAUCAACUUCACUGUCGCCUUUUAUCCCACGAUCCCGACUGUCGACCCCGAUGAAGAGGAGCGUGAAAAGACCAAGACUAGCAGUGCUGAUGUGUCACGAGCUUCCUCCAUCAUCGCUCCACCGACCCCAACUACCGCGACGAGCGGCACGUCCCUCACUCUCGGGCCCCCGCGUCACGUCCGGAGUCUUACAGCCGGCACGAUCAGUAGUAUCCGUACAACGAACUCAAUUCUGUCUCCUGAGGAAGCAGAGAUGCAGAAAGCUCUUAACAAGGGCGAGAAAGAGCAGACUGAGACCGAUGAAGUUGGAAUUCCGCUGAUUGCUCCUAAGCUGAGACUGACUGUCGAUGAUCUUGUCCACCAUGAAACCGGUCUCCUGGUAUUCACGAUCCAUGAAGCAGAGUUGGCGCAUUCUGGUAGUCACCUUGAAAUCCUCAUGGAUGACAUGCGCUUUCCCGCCUACUCAAGCGCUAGGACUCGUGGCAAAACCCACAACUUCAACGAGACCGGCGAUGUCAUGGUGCGAGAAUUGGACCUCUCCAAGAUCACGCUGCGCCUGGUCACCGAAGUCGAUCGCAAAGGCGAAAAGUCCGAGGAAAGUCACAAGGCCCGCAUCACCAUCCCGACUCUGGAUGCAUUGAAGCGUUGUCUGUACAAUUCGCAUUGGAUCGCUCUUAAGGAUGAGCAUGGCCAAGAGAGUAAGAUCAGGAUAUCGAUGAAGUAUCUGCCGAUCAAGAUGCAACUCGACCCGAGCGAAUCGAUCAACAACUCCGGCAAUCUCCGCGUCGAGGUUUUGGAUGCCGCUGACCUGCCGUCUGCUGACCGAAAUGGUUUCUCUGAUCCAUAUUGUCGAUUCGUGCUGAACGAGAAGGACGUCUACAAGACUAAGACUCAGAAGAAAACCCUUAACCCGGCAUGGAAUGAAUUCUUCGAGGUGCCAGUCACUAGUCGUACGGCAGCAAAGUUCAUUUGCAAUGUGUACGAUUGGGAUUUUGGCGAUAAAGCCGAUUUCCUCGGCUCAGCUGCCAUCAAUCUUGAUAUCCUUGAGCCCUUCCAAGCGAAAGAAGUGGUUCUCAAUCUCGAUGGCAAGAGUGGUGCGGUCCGUCUGAAGCUACUCUUCAAGCCCGAUUACGUCGUGCGGUCACGACAAGGCACAUCGACCUUUUCAGGCACUUUCGCCGUGCCUGGGAAGAUCAUCGGAGCACCGGUCAAGGGCGUCGGUAAAGUCGCGGGUGGCGUCGGCAGUGGAGUGGGCAAAGUGGCAACCUUCGUCAGUCGCGGAUUUAAGAAGCGAUCGUCGAGCGAUGCCAGCAGCGACAACGAGGGUGGAGUGGCGGAAGCUCACGAUACCCACAUGGAAACGGAAUCACUCGCUGGUCGGCCGAGCACUACUAAUGGCAGUGUCAUCCCUUCGAUCGAGGUUGGCGACGUCGCCCCGCCACGGACUCCUCAUCAACGCCAACCGAGCGCCGGCGGUGCUUCGAUAGCGCCCGGGGCCGACCAUGGCACCGCAUCCAUCUCCGUCCUCAGCCUCGCGGGAUUCGAAGCCAAGGAACAGAAGCUCGAAGUCGUCAUCUCACAAGGAAGCAAAGAGAUCCUCAAGACCAAAGCCGUCAAGACCAAGACCGGCGAAGCCCAAUACAAAGAGGAGUCCAAGGAGACGAGCUGCAGCGCCGCCCAGCAAUUCAAGAUCGCCGUGCGAAACCACAAAACCUUCGGCGGAUCCGAAGACCUCGGCGAAGCGCCCUUCUUCAUCAACGACCAGUCCUUCGGUGGUGAGCAAGAAAUCAACGUCGGCCCCGGCGUCGUCUCGCUCAAAACCGCCUUCCAGCCCAGCGAGCGCUCCGCCCCCAGCAGUCCCGCAGCGAGCAUGAAGCACCGCAGCCUCGGCCGCUUCAUGAACCGACGGGAACGCUCGGUGACUCCCUCAGGCUAGCAGCGACGCGGCGGGACAACAACGACCGUGAAGAGGAGACUCCGGAAUCCCGGAGAUACAGCCAGGAAGGUGUAUGAGCACGGGAGGGAGGUGUUGCGAGGUUCGGUCACCGGCCUUCGGCGCGGGAGCGUGAGUACGCUCAACCUACAUACGGUCGACGGUCGCGAGGCGAGCGCGAAUCCGAGCUCGCGGAGCCUCUCCCCGCCUUCUUGACUUGGAUGUGGGCGGUUGGGCGUAGCGAGCGCUGUGUGCGGGCUCUUGGUCCGGGAAGUGAGGAUUUGGAUGGGAUGUGAUGCGAUGCGAUGCGAUGCGUUUGUGAUACCUGAGAGGGUCGCCGAGACCCUACUUUCUAAUCAAUCAAUUUGUUUUCGAUUCAUCUAUUUUCAAAGUUUAUUCA